GCGAGGCGGGGCCCGCCAUGUCGCGUAGCAGCGACGACGCGGAGGCGGUGCCAUGGCGGAUGCGGCAGCGGCGGAGCAGGCCCGGGAUGAAGCCGCGGCCAGCGCAGAGGAGACCGUGAAGAUCAUCUGCCUGGGCGACAGCGCCGUGGGCAAGUCCAAGCUGCUGGAGAGGUUCCUGCUCGACGGCUUCCGCCCUCAGCAGCUUUCCACCUUCGCCCUGACGCUCUACAAGUACCGUGCUCGGGUGGACGGGCAGGCCGUCCUCGUGGACUUCUGGGACACAGCUGGACAGGAGAGGUUCCAGAGCAUGCAUGCAUCCUAUUACCAUAAGGCUCAUGCUUGUAUCAUGGUGUUUGAUGUGCAGCGGAAAGUCACCUACAAGAACUUAAACAGCUGGUACAAGGAGCUGAGAGAAUUCCGCCCAGAAAUUCCUUGCAUUGUGGUGGCCAACAAAAUUGAUGCGGAUAUGAAGGUGACCCAGAAAAGCUUCAACUUUGCCCGCAAGUUCAGUUUGCCCUUUUACUUUGUGUCUGCUGCAGAUGGCACCAAUGUAGUGAAGCUCUUCAAUGAUGCUAUCAAACUGGCAGUUGCUUACAAACAGAAUUCAGGAGAUUUCAUGGAUGAGGUCAUGCGAGAACUGGAGAGCUUUGACCUGCAGAAGACGACUGAGAAUUUGUCAGAUAAAGAAGAGAGCUGCCCUGAAGAGAAGCCCCCAUCUGCCUAAGCUCUGGACCCUGAGUGUGUUUUUCCCUUUGCUCUAGAUUUCUGGAGCUAGUUAGAGCUGGCCUUCACAGAGGAAAAUGAUUUUUCUCAUGCCCUGAGAGCUCUGGUGAUGGGCAGCUGGGCCUCUCCCCUUCUUGUGGGAGAGUGUCACAGUCAAGGAAGGGGCGAGAGUAUCCACAUGGUUGCUAGUUACUGCAUGCUUCUUCAAGGCAAAGCAUGCCAGGAGAGUUGAGCCACUCUUGGACCUGCAGGGAAGGGUCCUGCCCAGAUGCUUUAAUGGUACCUACUAGAGAAAACAAACACUAAAGAAUUUUUUUUUUAUAAAGCUUUGAGCUUGCAUUCUUCCUGCACUUUUGUUAUAAGGCAGUCCAGUUACUAUACAGUGUAGUCCAACUGCCAGCCCUGUCUUUCACAGCCUAGCCAGUGCUGCCUAUCUGUCCAUCCCUCUGAUCUCUGAUGCAGAGUUUCUUUCAGUUUCCUUCCCCAUUCUCUUACAGAGCAGCCCAAUCCAGUAGACUUCUGAACAUGGAGGAUUUCUCCUUUCAGAUCCACUAGAGCUGAAUCAGGUGGACUCUCACACCCAGGAGGCUUGUCCUAUCCCAGCCUGAUGGAUGUGGCUGCUGCUGUUCCCAUGUGUGCGUUCAAACAACUUAUACUUCAUUCCAAAGAGCCAGAUAGACAAACACACACACAGACUUACACAAGUAAUGUGAACGGCAAAACAAACUGACAUAGAGCAAUGCCUUUAAAAGCACCCAUGUAUACGUAACCAUCACUUACAUAAACAUGAAUGCAGUCCUUUCAGGAUGAUCAGGACUGGGUGUUUACUAGUGAAACGUAAACACACCUUCACUCAUUCAUAAGCACAGCAUGUUCAUAGCUUCUUCAAAUAAGAGUAUGGAAAUUAAGUCCAUGUAAUAUCUGUGAUUGGAUGUCAAGCUCUUUACCCACUCACUGGUACAAACCUUGUGUCUUUCUAGAUCUGUGUCUCCCGGGUCAUGAGAUAGUCCACUUUCACAUUCACUGGUGCAUUGUACACACACAUGCAGCGAUCCCGCCAGUAUGUGGCCUAAGACGUUUCGUGUUUCCAACUGCUGUCCCGAAAAAAUCUAGCCCCCUGUGACUUGUAUUCCCUUAUUCCACUGCACCUUCACCCUCCUCUCUGACCAGGCACGGUUUCAGCCCUUUUGAGCGACUCUUCCCCUUUGUGCUCUACUUGACUGCGGCCUCAUUUUGCAGGUGCGGGGCAUGGAAGUCCUUGCCUUGCACAGGAGACUGAACUGAAGCAGGGUUAGCUGUGAAAAUUGGCAACUUUAUUUCAAGAACUAAGGCAACUUCAGCAUUUGUUUGCACUCAGAGGGGUGUGGGCAGGACAGAGCAGGCCUUUGACACUGAGGCUGCCUUUGGAU